UGUAGGUGUAUGAUUUGAGACAGCGUGUCGGUGGAGAUUGAUGACAAGGCGGUGCAAAGGGACCCGGGGAGAGCACAAGGCGGAGCGGAGAAGGGGAUGUUUGGCAUUCUGUGUCUUAGAGUCACUUCCUGCGGAGUUCUUCGUCUGAUCAGACAUCCACGCUUUCCCUCUGUUGCUCUCUUCCUCUAUCCCUCUCUCCCUCUAUCCCUCUCUCUCUCUCUCUCCCUCAGGCUGGUCUUGGGAUGAACACACAUCACCUGGAGCGAUAGAGAGGUGGAAAAAGGCGCGUUUUGGAUUUGGAUAGUGCGCAGAAGAGGACAAAAAAAGUCAAAAGACAAGACUCGGAGGUGAUUGUGACCGUGAGCCGAGCUAAUGAAUCUGUACAGGAGCUUCGGCAGCAUGCUGGAGACGUGGGUGGCGGAGGGCUACCCUGCGGUGGACUCCCCGGGGCCACCCGGCACAGCGGUGGUGUUGGACGGGGACGUGGACGUGGAGGUGGACGGAGGGGAGGCGGUGGUUCCGGGCAGCCAAACGUCGGACGCCUACAGGAGCGGUUCUAGGGACUCCCUCCGGUUCUCCGGGACCACGGCGCGCUCUGAGUCGGAGGACUCCGGCGUGGAGCUGGUCAGUGCCAGCAGCACCUGGACGUCCCAGCAGCAUUCCAUGGCCCUGAUGGCCCUCCAGGCCUCGGACGCGGGGGAGUCCACGGAGCCCGAUGCGGGUCAGUUGACGGCCUCAGGGGGGGAUCACCACCGCCGUCCACCCACGUGCCCCUCCUCCCCUGCCCUGUCCAGCCGCUCCUGCCCGUCCUCCCCCUCCUCGACCUCCUCGUCGUCCUCGUCCUCGUCCUGCCAGUCGAUAGGCUCCAACCUGUCGCCCCUGAGCGCCGUGGACUCGCCCUCGGGGCUGAGGAUCGAGCAGGCGUUGCGGCGGGCGGACCCGACCAGGCGGCAGCUCCCCAGGCGCGGCUUGUCGCUGACGACGACCAGAAGCGGCCAGACCGCCCCGCCGCGAAAGCGCAGCAACACCGCCAGCAGCGGCACGACGUGCUCGUCCACAGGCCCGCAGGAGUCGAGGGGUCAAAGGUCGCCACCGACCCCUGAAGCACAGGCAGCAGGGGACAGGCUCCAGGAUGACCCUGACAGCAGGCCGGCAACGCAACUGAGUAACGGACUUCAAGCACAGACUCACGCGCCCUCAACGCCAGUGACCAGUAGGCUUCAAGCGCAGGCCGCUGGUGCGGGAGAAGAGGGUUGGGCGGAGCUCUCGCCCGGCUUCCUCUACCUGGAGCAGGUGUGCCUCAUGCUGGAGAAGUUCGCCCAGCUGCAGACGCACCACCACGACCUCCAGGCAGAGAUAGAACAGCUCAGGAACCAGCAGAACCACAACAUGCAGCACAGCACUCAGUGCUUAAGCUUGCUCACCACAGAGUCGGUCAGUCACAGACUCGAAGACACAGGAACUCAGGUGGACGAAGAGACCCUCUUGCCCGAAGAGCACGCCAUCCUGGCCGAGCUCCGGCGACGAUCCGUGUCGGACGCGGGGAGGCUGACACCAUAUCGCAAUCGUCGAGGGCGGAGCAAAAGUAUCGGAGACCUCCUGGAGGAAGAUGAGGAGGAGAUUGGGGCUCUCAGGACAGCAGCAUGUGAGGGCCAGGAGCAGGGCAAGAGUGUGAGGCCGGGCGGGGGAGCCGCUAAGAGCUUCAAACAGAAGAUCGCAUCUCUACGCAGGAAUGAGGAUGUGCCGGAUGGGAGCUUACAGACGCUUCCUCGCUUGGGAAAGAAGACCAGCUUGAGAGGCCUGAAGCAGUUCUUCAAGAAAAGGUCCAAGUCAUCGCCAACACCAACGUGAUUUCUACGUCCUAAAACCCUCCGAGCUCCAUUCAUCACUGAUCUGGAAUCAGCCUAUAUCCAAUUCUCUGCACGACCCACUCCAUUCUGCCUGUAGUUUUAUCAAACUGACUUUGUGCCAAGGAGGAGCAAGGUGCGAAUUGAAGAAGCUAAAGGUGACUGAUUUGUAGGAGAUUAUUUUUUACGCAAAGCGACACCAACUCCCAAAGGCGUUUUUUGGGGGGAAUUGAACCUGGGCCGACAGAUUUGUCGGGAGAUCAUGCCCCAGCUCCGCAAUUACAGAGGACAGAGGUGGGAGGAACAUUACAAAUGCACAAUGUACACAUUGUGUGUUGUACCACUGGCAAAGUUCCCGUGUGCACCAGAGGAGAAAGUUGAGAUUGCCCCUACCCCAAAUUGCCCUUUGACCUCUAUCUUGGGCUGGCCUUGAAAAGAUGGCUGACUCUACUGACCUGGGACCAGUUCCACACGUCUCUUCCCAUGGGGACUGUGUUUCUUGCCACUACAACCACAGGUUGGUAUUGAUGGGUUAUGACUGUGGUUGCUAGUGCACAACUUGAGGCAAUGCAGUAAUCUGGCCAUAUAAGCACUACUGGACUGGACACAUGCCAGAUCUUUUUUUUCAGGGGAUCGUCCAGAAGAGUACUACUGAUGCUUUGGAUGUAGUUUGCCACUUAACAGUGACAAUUUACUCUAAUCUCCAUCUCUGUUCAUAAGCUUUUUUUUAAAAAAAAUGUAAUGAAUUGUAUUAUAGACAUAGACCACGCCUCAGAUCCUUCAAAAGAAAGCACUUCCUGUCCAAAGUUUAUAGGUCUUUGUUCUACCAUUUCUGUCAUUCUGUAACAAUAUCAUCUGUCCAUAAGCAACUAUGCUUGUGCAUAAGCACCAUGUAGCACAAUGUAUGCAAACUCUUCAGUUCAUUCAUUAUUAUGAUUAUGCUGCUAUUUCUCAUGACCUUCACAAAAUAAAUUUGUCUGACUUAACCUUGGUGCUUUGUUACUGAUA